AGCAGGUGCUCACAUAAUACCGGAUUGAUUUUAUAAAUCCACGAUGAGAUUCAUUCCGCUUCACACGACAAACACGGCGAUCGUGUACAAGAACUCGCUGUGCUCCUUUGCCUCCCUUUUGGUCCUGGCUUUUAUUGCACUCUCCGUAAUGCUGCCCGUUCUUCUGGUGUCCUUCCUGAGUCCUUAUUCGGGAAUAUCGGAAUCGAGAGUUUUAUACGAGCAGCCGAAUGUCGAGUUCACCUAUCAAUAUAUAUUUGUGGGCACAACAGAACCAGAAGAACUAGAGGAGGAGGAAUCCCUAGUCGCCUGCAGCAGCUUCAGCAAUUUCAAUACCCAAAUGGAUAGAUAUUCCAGUAGUUGCACCACUACAAGAUAUUGGACAGAGGAUUUGGACUACGAUGGCGUAACAGAUCGGGCGCAUUUUCAACUGGAACUGCAGGAUGUGCCCACUCGCAUGGUUAGCUUUAAUCUACUGCUUUUCUUCGAGGCCGAACUGCAACACAAAUGUGAUCUUUCGCCUCCUUCCGUGCUGGCCCAUCAACUUCCACUGGCGACUCGCCUCAAAAACGGGGAACUAAAGCUGAAAGGAGAGCUAAAUCUUAAGCAAUAUGUAGAGUUUACGUGCCCCUUUCCGGGUCGCAACAUUAAGACUCAGUUCCGUCAGGUCCAAGUGGAUACAAACUCCACCACGGGGAAUAUAGAGCAGUUCAAAAUGGAAUCCCUGCUAGCCCAAGUCAAGGCCAAUCCAGCGUAUUUCCAGCUGGCCGUUCAGGAGACGUACUACCGAGAGACGUCGCCUCGCUUUGAACCCGGUCUCAUCGUAGAACUGGAACUGGACAUACUCCAAGUUCCCGCUCGCUACCAUCUCAGCAUUUGGGAACGCCUUGGCCAAUUCUGGCUGUACUUCGCCUCCUUCUUCGGCAUCUCGUUUUACAUCAUGAACAAGCUGAAGGACUUUCUCUUCGGACGCCACAUCGUUCGCUCCUGGGAGAUCAUACCCUGGAAGAAGCUCUACUGACACCAGUCGGGCG